AUGUGGAAAUGGAUAGAGAAACGGACGAGAAGGAGGCGCUGCGCCGUGGCUGCAGAUAGACGCAUCGAAGAUGAAUACCAGAGGACUUGGAUCGCAGCUAAAGGAUAGUAUUUCAGUUUCUGAACUUUCAGCUAGUAGUCCUUUUGGAAACCAUGAUAUUCUUCGGAGAGGUUUUUCUUGUGUGAAAAAUGAACUUUUGCCUAGUCAUCCUCUUGAAUUAUCAGAAAAAAAUUUCCAGCUCAAUCAAGAUAAAAUGAAUUUUUCCACACUGAGAAAUAUCCAGGGCCUGUAUGCUCCCCUGAAGUUACAGAUGGAAUCCAAGGCAGUGAAACAGGUCCAGCGUCUUCCCUUCCUUCAGAGCUCGAACCUCUCCCUGGAUAUUUUGAGAGGUUCUGAUGAGAGUAUUGGAUUUGAAGAUAUUCUUAAUGAUCCAUCGCAGAGUGAAAUAAUGGGAGAACCACACAUGAUGGUGGAAUACAAACUUGGUUUACUGUAAGAGAAAUACAUUGCCAGUGAAAAUUGAGGAACAGCAUCCUGU